CAGCACGCGCUGGACAGGAGCGCGCGCGCAGACUUCAGCCCUUCCUGACAGAGCGCGAGCGCGUCUGCGGUCCGAGCCGGCGAUUUCUCUUUCAAGUCGUAAAAAGCGGAAUAGCGGAAUUAAGGGGAUCCGGAAAUCAAGUUCGUUCAGGGAGAUGGUGUGGAUGAACAGAUGAUUUGAAAAUCUGAAGCUCUGUUUCCAGGGUGAUGAGCGAUAUUCUGUGAAAAUCAAGAUUAGUAUGGGCUGUGCUUGCUGUAAGCAGAAGAAGGCCUCCAAAGCGUCCGCUGUGUCCUAUAGUGACACAUGUGAUGCAGUGGGCGGGACUCAGGCGACGGACAGUUCGCGUUACAUUGCUGACCCCACCCAGAACUCAGGGGCCGGCCUCAUCCCAAACUUCAAUGAUUUCCCCAACACAAUCUCCACCUCUAGUGCUUUUCCAACAUCCAGCUUCCCCUCCAACCCGAGCCAGCCACGGUCAGCUGCCAUCACAGGAGGAGGGGUGACAAUGUUUAUAUCUCUAUAUGAUUAUGAGGCUCGAACAGAAGAUGACCUGAGCUUUCAGAAGGGAGAAAAGUUCCACAUUAUCAAUAACACCGAAGGUGAUUGGUGGGAAGCACGAUCUCUGGACACAGGGAAGUCUGGAUACAUUCCCAGUAACUAUGUGGCCCCUGUGGAUUCCAUACAGGCUGAAGAGUGGUAUUUCGGUAAGAUGGGCCGUAAGGAUGCAGAAAGGCAGCUCCUGGGCCAGAACAACCCCAGAGGGACCUUCUUGAUAAGAGAGAGUGAGACCACUAAAGGAGCAUACUCACUGUCUAUCAAAGACUGGGAUGAGGCAAAGGGUGACCAUGUAAAGCAUUAUAAAAUCAGGAAGCUCGAUAACGGCGGGUAUUACAUCACAACCCGGAGCCAGUUCGAAACUGUUCAGCAACUGGUGCAACAUUAUUCAGAUCGUGCAGCAGGGCUUUGCUGCCGUCUGAUGGGCAGCUGUAGGCGAGGUAUGCCUAAACUAGCUGACCUGUCUGUGAAGACUAAGGAUGUUUGGGAGAUACCAAGGGAGUCACUUCAGCUAAUUAAGAAACUGGGCAACGGGCAAUUUGGUGAAGUGUGGAUGGGGAUGUGGAACGGCACUACUAAAGUGGCUGUGAAGACUCUGAAGCCAGGCACCAUGUCUCCAGAGGCUUUCCUAGAUGAGGCCCAGAUCAUGAAGAGACUCCGUCAUGAUAAACUUGUUCAGCUGUAUGCUGUGGUGUCAGAAGAACCAAUCUACAUCAUCACAGAGUUCAUGAGUCAAGGAAGCCUGUUAGACUUCCUCAAAGAUGGAGAUGGCAGAAAUCUGAAGCUGCCUCAACUUGUUGACAUGGCUGCACAGAUUGCAGCUGGGAUGGCGUACAUCGAGAGAAUGAACUACAUCCACAGAGACCUGAGAGCAGCCAACAUCCUGGUGGGAGAUAGCUUGGUCUGUAAGAUUGCCGACUUUGGGCUGGCCAGACUCAUCGAAGACAAUGAAUACACCGCCAGACAAGGAGCCAAAUUCCCGAUAAAGUGGACCGCCCCAGAGGCGGCUCUCUAUGGCAAAUUUACCAUCAAAUCAGACGUGUGGUCUUUUGGCAUCCUACUGACUGAACUCAUUACAAAAGGCAGAGUGCCAUACCCAGGCAUGAAUAACAGGGAGGUCCUGGAACAAGUGGAACGUGGCUAUCGUAUGCCAUGUCCACAGGGCUGUCCAGCGUCUCUGCACGAGUUAAUGCUGCAGUGUUGGAGGAAGGAUGCAGACGAGCGCCACACCUUCGAGUACCUGCAGGGCUUCCUGGAGGACUACUUUACCGCUACUGAACCACAAUACCAGCCAGGAGAGGACCUGUGAUGCAAGCACGUGUAAAGUUAUAUGGCUCCUCAUCCAGUGAAUUUAAUGGGUUUUAAAAGGGAUUUCCAGAUGAGACCCUCAUACAAAGUCGCUGAAUGAAUGUAUGUGGGAUGAUGUGCAAAUCUUCAAGUCAUUUUAAAGUAAAUAGACAAUUUCUUUUAAAGUAUUAUAUUAAAAGCAAUGAUACAUUUAAAAGUAUAUGAAUACUGUGUAAGCUGAAUUUGCGCAGUGUUACUGUAAUAAGGUUUUCUUUAAGCAAAAACGUCAGACCAGACCGGACUUUGCACAGUCACAAAUGUGUUUUGGCCACAGUAGGCCUAUUGGCCAGAAGAAACAAAUUAUAUGUCUUUAUCAUUUCUUUACAAUGUGAUUUCUUUUUUAAAUAAGAUAUUUUAUUGCUUAAUCUUUAACCUUCUUAUCUGAAGCUAUAUGAUUUUCAUAGCUUUAACAUCAGGCAUAGUGUAGACCCCUGAAACUACUUCUAAAUCUAUGCAUCUGGUCUCGGCUCAGCAUUGACAUGUUUAUUAAGGUAUAGUGAUUAUUCAGUAGGUCAGGCACAACAGACCUAUCUAUCUUUUGUAUCUAUCUUUCAUAGUAUUUUAUGUCACAAUAUAUAACUGAUUAUAAACCUUAAUAAGUGCCUAUCAAACUGGUGCCUUCAAGUACUGUCAGCGUUUUGGGUUUUGGAUUUCUCUUCUCCCCAAUUACUGACAGAUUAUUAGAGCAUGUUGUGUAUUUUAUAUGCUGUUUCUUUACAACAACCUGCUCGACAUGUUUGUGUAUGAAGACUGCAUUUAUCUCACACACACUUACACAGAGGAAGAGAAAGAGAGAGAGACAGAGAGAGAGACACACAGAGAGAAGCAAUGUUUAAUUUCUCAAGAAUUAUGGGUAUGUUUUUACAAAGGUCAUAGGUCAAGUGAGAUGUGUUAGAUGGUUUAGGUGGAAAAAAAUAUCUUCACAACUGGACAUUUCUCUACAGAAUAUUUGCUUUCUAAUUAUUGGAUGGUCCACAUCUUACAUAUAUUUGAACAUGUUAUAUUAAGCUCUGACAGGAUUAUACACCAAUCAGCCAUCACAUUGUGACCGCCGCAAGGGGAACUGAACAGCAUUGUAUCACCAACUAUACCCAGCAGGCAAAAAGCUCUAGGCUGCCAACCCGGGCUCCAAACUCUUUAGAUCCUAAUUGAUCCGAUUGAGCACCGAUUGGAAACAAGUCAGAUCCAUGGACGCCCAACAGCACAGCACCCAAUAAAAAAAAAACCCACCACUGCGCACAACAGUAGCCCUGCUGAACCACACCCCUAGGGGUCAGACCCGCCCUUGUGGCACAAGGGGGAACCCAAAACCCAGGUGGUUUAUUGUUAAUGGUUUUAAUAUUAUGGCUGAUUAAUGUAUGACCUCCUGUUUCAUGGGUAACACAUAGGUAAUAUAUGCCAAAUACACCAGAUUCUAGCAGUUUUUGGUGAAAUCAUGUACAUAGCAUUACGUAGUUACAUCUCUAAACCAAUACUAAGAAGUUGGAAAAGAUGGGGAUGUGAUGAACCUGUGCACAAUAAGAAUUGAUGCUUAAGUUCUAAAUAAAUAAAUAAAUAGAAAUGUAUUAAAGUGA